AUGACCAUCAUGACCAAUCGCCAUGAUUCCCCUCUCCUCACGCCACCAUCUUCAAUUCACCCUCCCGUCGUCCUCGCUUUCCCCUCGCGUCGCCUCCACUUCCCCCUCCCGUCGCCCCCACUUUCCCUUCCCGUCGCCUUCUAUUCCCCUUCCCGUCGCCUCCACUUCCCCCUCCCGUCGCCUCCACUUCCCCCUCCCAUCGCCUCCACUUCCCCCUCCCGUCGCCUCCACUUCCCCCUCCUGUCGCCUCCACUUCCCCCUCCCGUCGCCUACACUUCCCCCUCCCGUCGCCUCCACUUCCCCCUCCCGUCGCCUCCACUUCCCCCUCCCGUCGCCUCCACUUCCCCCUCCCGUCGCCUCCACUUCCCCCACCCGUCGCCUCCACUUCCCCCUCCCGUCGCCCCUACAUUCCCUUCCCGUCGCCUUCAAUUCCCAUUCCCGUCGCCUCCACUUCCCCCUCCCGUCGCCUCCACUUCCCCCUCCCGUCGCCUCCACUUCCCCCUCCCCGAGAGUCCUACCCUCCCUCUCCCCCAAUCCACCUCGUCCUUCCCCGCACUCCCCUGGCCUUUCCACCACUUCCUCCCGUCCAAUCCCCCACUUCCCCCCGUCCAAUCCCCCACUUCCCCCCGUCCAAUCCCCCACUUCCCCCCGUCCAAUCCCCCACUUCCCCCGUCCAAUCCCCCACUCCCCCCCGUCCAAUCCCACACUACCCCCCGUCCAAUCCCCCACUUCCCCCCGAUCAAUCCCCCACUGAUACCCCGUCCAAUCCCCCACUGA